AUGGAAGGCAUCCUGCAGUCACUGAGCAACGGGGAGUACUCGCCAAACCCCCUGGCAGAGGUGUGGCUGUUGCUGUUGGGAUGGUUGGGAGAUCAGGACUUCGAUCUCGAGGCCAUUCUGCAGGACAUUGACCUAGCCAGGGAAUGGGACAGCGACAGUGUCUUCAGUGAGGACUUUGCGUUUGAGGAAUAUGCUGAGGACGGCUAUGUGGCGCAAGCUACGGACGUGGAACUCUGCAAGAGGUGGAGCAAAGCAGAAGGCUUAGGAGAAGAGAUGACCAUCCAACGACUAUGA